CUUCCUCUUUCGGGGUUCUUCCUUUCUGUCUCAGCUCUCCGUCUCUCUUUCUCUCUCAGCCUCUGUCUCCCUGUCUCCCCUACUGUCAGCACCUCUUCUGUGUGGUGAGUGGAUCGCUCACCCCUCUAGGUGAAGAUGUCGGCCCAGGAGAGCUGCCUCAGCCUCAUCAAAUACUUCCUCUUCGUUUUCAACCUCUUCUUCUUCGUCCUGGGCAGCCUGAUCUUCUGCUUCGGCAUCUGGAUCCUCAUCGACAAGACCAGCUUCGUGUCCUUUGUGGGCUUGGCCUUCAUGCCCCUGCAGAUCUGGUCCAAAGUCCUGGCCAUCUCUGGAGUCUUCACCAUGGGCCUCGCCCUCCUGGGUUGUGUGGGGGCCCUCAAGGAGCUCCGCUGCCUCCUGGGCCUGUAUUUUGGGAUGCUGCUGCUCCUGUUUGCCACGCAGAUAACCCUGGGAAUCCUCAUCUCCACUCAGCGGGCCCAGCUGGAGCGAAGCUUGCAGGACAUGGUAGAGAAAACCAUCCAAAAGUACCGCACCAACCCCGAGGAGACCGCGGCGGAGGAGAGCUGGGACUAUGUGCAGUUCCAGCUGCGCUGCUGCGGCUGGCACUCCCCGCAGGACUGGUUCCAGGUCCUCAUCCUGAGAGGUAACGGGUCGGAGGCGCACCGCGUGCCCUGCUCCUGCUACAACUUGUCAGCGACCAACGACUCCACAAUACUGGAUAAGGUGAUCUUGCCCCAGCUCAGCAGGCUUGGACAGCUGGCGCGGUCCAGACACAGCACAGACAUCUGCGCGGUCCCUGCAAACAGCCACAUCUACCGCGAGGGCUGCGCGCGGAGCCUCCAGAAGUGGCUGCACAACAACCUUAUUUCCAUAGUGGGCAUUUGCCUGGGCGUCGGCCUACUCGAGCUCGGGUUCAUGACGCUCUCGAUAUUCCUGUGCAGAAACCUGGACCACGUCUACAACCGGCUCGCUCGAUACCGCUAGGCCCCGCCCUCCCCAAAGUCCCGCCCCGCCCCGUCACGUGCGCUGGGCACUUCCCUGCUGCCUGUAAAUAUUUGUUUAAUCCCCAGUUCGCCUAGAGCCCUCCUCCUUCACAUUCCCCUGGGGACCCAGGUGGCUGCCUGUCCCCGCUGCUGUCACCUCUCCCACGGGACCUGGGGCUUUCGUCCACAGUUUCCUGUCCCCAUCUGUCGGCCUACCACCUCCCACAAGAUUAUUUUUCACCCAAACCUCAAAUAAAUGCCCUGCGUUUUUGGUAAAA